UGCCUGGCCAGCCGGUGGUGGGGACGGUGAUUGAAUACACCCGGGGCAGCGGAGGCGGGAAGAGGAGAUGGCGCUGACGGCAGGGAGGCGGCGACAGGACCUGGAAAACGGUUCCUUGGAAAUAACACAGAGUUUGGAAGAUGAUCCUCUGCUGGAUGCACCACUUCUUUCUUCUCAUACACUGCAUUCCCAAUUGAGGCCAAGAUUUCAUGCUAUCCCAGCAGUUCUCCUUGCCAACUUUCUAUUGCUAAUACAUGUUGCUUUUGUUGUUCUAGCAUUUUUAGCAGCUAUGUUUUGUUCUUACCCCAAUCCAAAUCAGGAUAAGUGCCCUGGAAACUAUACUCACCCACUUAAAGUGCAGACUGUCAUAAUCACUGCAAAAGUAAUUCUGUGGAUUCUGCAUGUUUUUUUUGAACGAUACAUCCAGCACCACCACAGUAAAGUCAGAAGCAGAGGUUACUUCUCAAUAUACCGAUCAACAACACAUCUAAAAAGGCUUCCACUGCUGAUACACUCCACAGGUAAUGCAGCCCUGCUUUUGAUUCUGUCAGUGCAGCAUUCUUUUCCUGAUCGCAGUAAAGUAUACCUGUAUCUUAUCCUGGGAGUCCUCGGCCUGGAGCUGAUUAGCUCCCUGACAUGCUUAGUGAUUUACACAGUGAAAAUAAGCAACUUCAAUCGUGCAAAGCCAAGACCUGACAUAAUUGAAGAAGAAAAGAUGUAUGCCUACCCUAGUCACAUUACCUCAGAAAUUGGAUUCAGGGAAAGUUCAAGUUUAGAAGAGAUAGUUGAGAAGCAAGGGGAUGUAAUAGAGUAUCUUCAGCGACACAAUGCACUGCUCAGCAAAAGACUAUUGGCACUAACAUCUCAGCAAAUCAAAGCUUAACAGCAUUUGGAGAACUGCUACUAGAGCUCUGGAGGGAACACGAGGUAAUGUAAUAUCCAGCCUGAUUCAUAGAGAUGACACUUCAAUCAUCAUUUCUGUUUUGAGGUGAAAGUUAAGAUGGAAGGACAAGUGCUGUAUACGCUAUAAACCUGUUGCAACUGGACACUAGCUCUUAACAAAUCUUCAGUUCUGAGAAGUUCUGGAGCUUCAAGGAUUUUUAAUUUGUCAUAAGUUAAAGUUGAACCUGAGAUAAUGGGUUAACUUUGUUCAAUCAUUGCAAUUAUUUUCUACUGCUGUAAUGUUUAUGCUGAAACUACCAAAGUAUUUUGUAUUCCUAUAAUACAAAUUUGUUCUCUGCAAAAGUCCAACUUUGCAAAGGCUGUCUUGUCAGUUCAUAAUGCAAAAGCUAAAACUAGAUAUGGGUUCUGUCACUCGAUCCCAAUACUUCCAGUAUUAGAGAUGGUGUACUAGAGUAAUCCUAUACACUUGCUUUCUGGAGCAGCCUCCUUUACUGUUUUGGUCAAGAAAAGAAAUCAAACUGUUGCCUGUGAUGGUGGGAAAAUUCAGCAUUCAAUUUAGGAUUUAAAAACAAAAGCAGUGUGUUCCUUAGAAUGGGAAAUCUCAUAUAUAAGUAUGUGGUACAAAACAAUGUCAUAAGAGUCAAUUUAGCAGUUGUUCUAGAUUCUGGCUUUAAAACAUGUAAGAGGGAUCUUCAGAGUUCAUUACUUUCCCAUUAUUAAGAGUCUGUGUCAGCUAAUAAUGAGAUUCCUGCUCUGCUGACUGAACUAAAUGUAAAUAUACUUGAGAGAAACCUCUUUUCAUUAGCCUAGUAACUAACUUGUGCUGUGAAAGGGUUUGAAGAUCCUGUAACAGAUGCAUCAGUUACCUGCUUCCUUGUUCUUUGACUCUUCAGAAAGUGUCAGCAUCUUGAAUCAUAAGCUGAAUUGAUGUGUGUGGGGAGGUGAAAAUCAGCAAAAGAUAGAAAGGUCUUUUAGAAGUUAGAGAAAUAGAAAUUUUGGUUCUAUUUAUUGGAAAGGCUGAUGAAAGAACUGUUCUAUUCUGAGUAUUGCUUUGUUACUUUAGAAGCAAAUACCUCUGUAGGGACAGGGUAAUUGCUAGUCAGAAUGGGCAAGAAAGCUCUUUUAAGGAGUGGUCAUGUAGUUGAAUAUAAGAAAAACAAAAGAAAAUAAAUGCAUCCUAUUUUGGUCCUAGGUCACAACUUUGGCAAUAACUAAACUACCGUGCAACAAACAGAUUCUCUCAUUAAAAGGAAAACAGUAAAUUUGGGAGGGUUGCUGUUUGCACUAGACUGAGCUCCUUAACUGUUGUUUCUUGAAAAUGCAGCCAGGAUUUUAUAGUAUACAUGUGAGGAAUAAAAAUGAGUUGGUUUUUUUUUUUUGUUGUUUUAUUUUUUAGAGCUCAGGUUUUGAUGUGAAUUCAUAUGUCAAUUUGUGUAAUUUCUAUGAAAAGUGGUGAAAUGAGGCUGUGACGUUCAUGCACAAUAAAUGCAACUAAGAAAAA